GCGCAGCCCUAGAAGGAAGGGCGCCCCGGCUAGGAACAUGUCCCUUCAAAUACGACGACUCAAGGGGUUUCCAACAAUCUUCUCCUUAAUUCUCAUCACCGGAUUUGGAGUAGCGGGUGGUCUUUAUAUCCUUGCAAGGAAGACCUUCUUUAUUCCUGAAGUGAGCUGGGAGAAGAAAAAUCAAAAAUUAUGGAAUAAUCGGGGCCCCAGUGACCAGUACAAGUUAUUUGCCAUGUCUACGGACUCCAAAGACCGGGAGAAGGAUCGCCCAGACUGCUGAGUCAGCCCCUGCCCUGUUGAAGGAAAGUUGCUGGACUUGUCAUUGGCACAGCCACAUCUUCUGCCCCCUCGCCAGGCAGGAUGCGUCAGCCUUUUAAGGGUUCUCGAUUCAGCUUCUGCAUAAGCCAAGUUAACUCUGCAGCUGCUCUUCCCUGUCUCUGCAGUUUGCUAGUGUCAACCGCAAAGAUCGCCUACCGACAUCCGCAGCCCAUCCGCCAGAAUCAAAAGUAUGCAUUGACCCAUUCUACCACUAGGAAAUGCCCCUAAAUAUUGGGCUAACAAGCCACUUGUCUGUAAAAAAUCAGAAGGGGAGGGAGAGAGGGAGAGAAAAAGUGACACAAAGCACAUUCCUUCUGGUCCCAUUUGUGCAAACUUCUCGGUUCAGUAUUUUCCUUCCCUUCUUGCAAAUAUCCUUGGCUUUGACAUGCGGCAUUUCCUGCCUCCCACGCUCAGUUUUACCAUUCCCACAGAGACAGGACAGUCCCAGUACCUAGAUUUUGGAUCUAAUCAUGCCAGUUGAAGCCUUGUAGAGGACACCACCCACCACCAAUUCUAAAAGGAGUAGCAAGUUGGAUCUGCAAAUGUACCACCCUUUCACAGAAUCUGUCUGGGCCUCACUAGUUGUAGUCCAACAUAAUUUGUAUCCUCGGCCAUGGGUAUCACCGUAGAAGUAUCCAAACUACUUGUGCAUUUCUAUAUUUUUGCACACAGUACUAAGCCGUUUCCAAAAGAGAUGAAAGUGGUUGGAGAGAGACUUUUUGCAUCUGUUAACAGACACAAAGCUAGCUCCCUUUCGUCUCACACUCUUGUCUCACAGGCUCUCUGGGAAGGGUUUAAUAAUAGAAAAACCUGUAAGGCCAUUUUCACAGAGGCAAUGCGAGGGUGGAUA